AUUCGGUAGUUACUUAGUUUUAAAACGUACAUCCUCCCCCACCUGCCCUGUGCCUUCUGCCAGUUUAGUUCAAGCUGUAGUGUAGUCAGUGUCAGACAUGGCAGCAAAUAUGGCGCGCGCGACCCGAGCUCUCACCGACCUGCUCGAUAAGAUAGCCAGUACACAAAAAUACAAAGACUCGGUGAUAAAACUGAAGCCUAUAAACAGUAAAGGCGCCAAUUACACAUCGCAACUAUUCGGAGUAACUAUUAGUGACGAAACCAAACCAGAUCUCAAUCUAUUUGCCAAAGUUGCUAUUAUAGGUGAAAAAGUUCGUACGCAAGGUAUAUGUAAGGUAUUCGAUACUGAACAUUACAUGUAUACUAAAUUAAUACCCAUAUAUCGUAAAAUAGAAGAACGCCAGAACGUCCCUGAGGAACACCGAUUACAAAUGGCGGAGUAUUAUGGUUGCACUACAAAGGAAUAUGAAGAGGUUCUGGUGCUAGAAGAUUUGACCGCCGAAGGAUAUGAGGUUAGAGAUCGGCUUAAGGAAUUGGAUUGGAAAUUUGCUGCCGCGGCUGUGACUGAACUGGCGAAGAUUCAUUCUCUGUCUUUCGCAUAUGGUAUCGAGAAUCCGGAAGAUUUUGAACAAUCGUGUGUUAUGUUAAAUGUCGCUAUGAAUAAUGAUGACGCAAUGAAUGUAGUGUGGAGAAGAAUAGCAAACAAAGCAAUUGAAAUGACCGUCGAUAAGAAUAAGGAAUGGAUGCAGAACUUCCUCAUGAAUUAUGGUGGGCAAACUUUAUUAGAAUACGCCAAACCUCUGCGUCGACCUGCACUCAUACACGGCGACUUUCGCGUCAGCAAUAUGAUGCAAAAAUUUGACGAAAAUGGUCAAGUGCACGUUAAAAUUGUGGACUACCAAACAGUGCAAGCAGCCUCUCCUAUCAUAGACCUGCUGUACUUCAUAUUUUCGAGCUCCAGCGAAGAAUUUCGCGCACAGUACUACGACAAACUGAUAGAACACUACUACACCCAGCUCAGCUUGGCCAUCAAGAGAAUUGGCUACGACCCUAAGGAGGUGUAUUCGAGGGAGGACUUCGAUUUUGAAUACAAAAAAGUAAAAACUGCCAUUUGGGCUGCACGCUGCCGUGUUCACAGUACCGCUGGUGACCAUCGACGCGGCGAACGCGCCCAAGAUGGACGAAGACAUGGAUAUCUCCAGAUUCAGUAUGGUAAACAAGAGCGCCCUCUUCCCAGAGAGACUCAACGGUGUAGUCAACGACUUCAUACGCUGGGGGGUGACAUGUGACUAAUAUUAGGACAAAAUAUAUUUGUCCAAAUGUUGAGCCUUGCAUGUGCAGAGUCUAAAUGGAUCGGACUGUUCAUCGCAAACUUCAGAUACUAGGGUCACAUAGCGUGUGGAUAGAUGUUCUGAAGUAUUGACAGCGAAGAGCCCCAACGUCGUUUAGUCUCUCCACAUUACGGCCAGACAUUACUAGAUUUAGUAUUCUUAAACAAAAUAUGUGCUUUGCCAAUGACAUUUUCUUUAUUAUAAUAAUGUCAAGAUAGACUGCUUUUGCUUUAAUUAAUAAUUUUAGCUCUUUUUGUGUAAUGUUAUGUUUUAUUUCAGUGUCUACGUAAAUUGUACUAAUAAGAUUUUAAUCAACUAAAAUAUUUAGUUAUUCAACUCAACCUCCAUAAUACAAAGGGGAAAAAACUAGAACAAUAUU